AAGUAGAAUUAGCCAUUCCAAAAAAAAAUAAAAAUAGAAUUAGGUCACUCGCUAUUCGCUACGCUUGUCUAAUACGCACUCUUCUUGCUUUUUUUGAAAAAAAAAAAAAAGAACAUUUCCUCUUCCCUGCAAAUUGAAAUUGGAAAAACUCAUGUGCAAGUGCAAACUCACAUCUUACAUCUGGAUUUACUAAUCACCAGGAAUUCAAACACAAUUCAAGCGAUUGAAGUUAAAUUCGAUCCAUUUUGUAACCUAAUUUUCCAGAUAGAAUACUUGUUGAUCAAAAAAUGGAUCCAGAUUCAGUGAAAUCAACUCUAUCUACUUUAGCAAUGGGUAAUGUCAUGGCUGCUGCUGCUCGUAAUCUCCAGAAGGAAAUGGUGGGCCAGCAAAAGGCACAGGCGUCAAGUUCAGCUAAUGACGAGAUUGAUUUUGAUGAGUUGAUGGAUGAUCCAGAGCUGGAGAAACUACAUGCUGAGAGAAUUGCAUCCCUGAAGAAAGAAGCUGAGAAGCGUCAAGAACAGAAGAAACAGGGCCAUGGAGAGUAUAGAGAGGUAACUGAAGGGGACUUCUUGGGUGAAGUUACAGGCAGCGAACUAGUUAUCUGUCAUUUCUAUCAUCGGGAGUUCUAUCGAUGCAAGAUAAUGGAUAAGCAUUUAAAGGGGCUUGCACCAAAAUACCUUGAUACUAAGUUUAUCAGACUGGAUGCAGAGAAUUCCCCCUUCUUCAUAUCCAAGCUUGCAAUCAAAACUUUGCCAUGCGUUAUAUUGUUCAGGAAAGGAAUUGCCGGUGAUAGACUAGUUGGGUUUGAAGACCUUGGUGGUAAAGACGAUUUUCCUACAAAGAGACUGGAAAAUCUGCUGAUCAAGAAAGGUCUGAUCAAAGAGAAGGGAAAGGAUGAAGACGAGGAGGACUACUCUGACAGUAUACGCACGUCUGUUAGAUCAUCAUUGAACCAUGAUACUGAUUCUGAUUAGUUAUUGAGAAGGAAAGAAGGCAGGAAACGUUGUAUUAUGUUCUAUCUAUCAAUCCCGAUACACUGAUCUGGUCUCAUUGAUGUUCUGUAUUGCUUUGUUGUUAUGAUAUGGUCUCUCGGUUGCCUUUUGUCUUCCAGAAAAACAGUUUUGAGCUAGUUCCGCGGCUACAGAGCGUCCAUUGUAUAAUCAGGCAAACGUACAUCUAGGAUAGUGCAGGUCACUCUCCCUGCAUGCUGGGGUACGGUUGUCCCAAAGGUUCCAGAUGUACCUUUCUUUAGGUCUAAAAAGAGUCUCUUAGUAAGAAUUGUAUCUAUUGGAACACCUGUUCUUUUGAAACAUAACUUUCUCUUGUUUUUUUUCUUUUUUGACGGCAAAGAAUAGAUGCUACUCAUUCCCGUCUUCUAUAUUAGGUUUAUUCGUAUUCUUAACCUUUUGUACCUCGCAUUUUGGUAUUGUGAAUCAGUGAAUGGAUUUAAUUAUGUUAGCACAACA